AUGCCUGACUGUAGUCGAUCAUCUUGUCCGACUACAGAUGAAGAAGAAGAAGAAGAUGAAGAAGACGAGGAGGAUAAAAGUCAAGAUGAUGAUGAAAGUGGUGAUACAAGUCAAGAUGAUGAUGAUGAUGAAAGUGGAGAUUCAAGUGAUUCAAGAGAUGAUCAAGAUGAAAAGAAAACGAUAUUAAUGACAAUUCGAUCACUCAAUCUACAACACGCCAAUGACAUGGUCUACCAAAUCCACGACAGUCCCGAAAAAUCAUUAAUCAAUGAUGAUUUUGAUGAAAGUGAACAUAAUAUGGAAGAGGAUGAAGAAAAAGAGAUAGAAGAAUUUUGGAGAGCUGACAAGGUUAAUUUAAAACUUGCAGCUAGUUUACCACAUACUGUUCAAAGAUUGAUCGUCUACUUUUCAAAUGACAUCAGAUUGGAUUUAGUGUGUUGGAGGUUCUUUGGUUAUGUAUCAGAGUGGUGUACUCAUGUAUUCAGACCAUACUGUCAUCUAGGUGAAUACGUUCAAUGUUUGGCAAUAGUUGAUCAUCUUGUCCGACCUUGUUGCCCACUUAAAACCAUCACCCAUGUUGCCUUCUCAACAGAGAAAGCAUUUGUCUAUGAUCUCAUCAAAUACAUGAAUAAAGAAAAUGAAUAUGUUGCAAUUAAUGUUGAAAAAGACAAAGAUAAUAGUGACUCAAGAGAUGCACAAAAUAUCAAUAUGUAUGCAAUGGCAAAAAGGGUUUUAGCAUCGAUUCAAUGUAUGGCAUGUGUUGUAACAUCGUAUUAUGAAUACAGUGAUGAAGAUUUUAUCUAUAUUGCAAGUCAGUUACCAAACUUGCGAUCAUUCAUCUAUAAUCCAAAGGAUCAAGGCUUUUAUGGCAAUGACGAUGAUGAAAUUGCUCUAAGAAAAGGGACAUUGGCUUUCCUUUGUCAAGAUACGGAAUAUCUUGCACAAGACAAAGAAAUGAAAGAUUAUAGAAAUGGUAUAUCGGUGUCAUUGGAAGAGAUUUGUUUAUUUAGAGACCCGGAAGUUUAUGGUUUCGAGGAAUGGGCAAUCAAAAUUCUCAAACAUCAUUCAAAAACCAUUCGCCAUUUCUCUUGUUGUAUCGGGUGGUACCAGGAUGAAGAGAAUUCCUUCCAAUCAUUCUGGCUAUCAUUUAUUUUGAGAAUUCGAUCACUCAAUCUACAACAUGCCAAAGAUAUGGUCUACCAAAUUCACAAUGGUCCAGAAAAAUCAUUAAUUGAUGAUGAUUUUGAUGAAAGUGAACAUAAUAUGGAAAAGAUCAAGAAAUAG